UAACUUUUGUCAACUAACGAGGUCCCCCCAAAGAAAAUUGAGAAGAAAAGAAAUAAAAGACGAGACUUUUGGCACUUGGGGAGACUUGGCUGCUUCAUCCUUCGCUGACCACAAGUUCUCAUCGCCGGCUUUCUUCUAGCAAUCGUGAUUCCGAUCAUCAAAGGCCGUUUCUCCUCUGCUGCUGGAUUGACUUUGACAGAGGGAAAGAUGGCUAAUGAUGAAAUUCUUAGUCUGUUGGUGGAGGAGGUGGAUGAGUAAACUACUAUCCUACGCAAAAUGCUGAAUAUCAAGGUAUUGCAAGCCAAGUUAUUUAUAGAAAAAGUUGAUAUGGUCAUCAGAGUGUUGGAAAUGGAAGGACCCCCAACUUUGCCGGACCAAUUACUAGAAGAUAUUGCACCUCUUGCACUGCCUAUAGGAGAUUUUGCUCGGAGAACUAAGCUACUAAGUUCUUCACCGUUAUAUGAUGAGUAUAGGAUGAAUAUUCGUCACGGCUGGAAACGAAUGCUAUCAAGAGAAGUGCCAGAAUUAGUAGAACAGAUUGGUUUAAAUGAGAAUAAGCUGGAGAAAUUUCUUGAUGAAUCUGACUUCUACAACUCCUGGGAAGAUUUACGUCGCAAUUCAGCCUUACUACCUUGUCGUGAGGCGGUGAGGGAUGUGCUUCAGUCUUGUCGAGAACUCAAAGACGCUAUGAACUUUUUCCGUGAAGUGGGGACUGAAUCAGCUUUUCUCUGCCAACAUCUAAAGUUCUUGCUGAGAUUCGCUGAGCUGUGCGAGCGUUCCAAUGAAUGGCGAUGUCGCCAAUUUGUGAAAGGCAUCAUGGAUGUUGCUAACAAAGCUCUUGAGGCGCUGGAAUGUGCAGAUAAAUAUAGUCUUAGAUUAGAGAUGCGGGAAUUUGAAUCAUAUGAAUAUGCUUCAGCAGAGCUUGUAACGGAAAAUUGUAUUGAGGAGGCGGCCAAGGAAUUUUUUGAUGGGAAAAAUGGCAAGCGAUUGGUUUUGUUGGAGACUUUAGGAAUGCUUCAUUCCUUCACGGAAGAGAUUGAUACGACUGGUGGGAAACUUGGCAGCGAAGAUCCUCAAUCGCAUAACGCUUCAUCUGGAAGAAAUGGUUUUCCUUCACUGUCUGUGAUUCGUGAGAAGUUUGCUAGAGAAGAUCUUCCUUCACUGCCUCUCACGUAUUAUCUACGCGCGUUUCCUUUAAUUGAAGGAAGAAAAAGAAGAAGAGUUAAUAGUGUUAGGUCUGGUAUCAGACGGCCUAACAAACAGGAUAAUUAUCUUCAUGCUUUCCGAGGAAAAAGAAGAAGAGUUAUUAGUGUUAGGUCUGCUACUAGAUUAGGGUUGCAAAUGAGUCGAAUUAAGUCGAAAUUUAACCUAAUCGAGUUAAAUCUCGAGUUAAUUUUAUCAAGGUCGAACUCGAACUUAGUCUCGACGAGUUGUAAAUCUAAAACUCAAACUCGAGCUCUCGAGCUUGAGCUCAAGCACGAGCAGUUGGAGUUCGAGCUUCAGUUACAGCUGAAUCUAGAGCUCGAGCACUUAAAAAAUAAAAAUUAA